AUGGAAGAUGAAAUCCAGAGCAAAUUCCCUCAGAACAGUGAGUCCACCAUCCAGUUGUCGGAUUCCAUCAGUGGCUUCUUGCCUGAGGAACACGAAUACACUGAAGACUCCGAUGAUCUCUCUGAUCCGGAAAGCACGCACAGCGAAGCAUCUUCGAACACAAGACAAGGCUCCCUACUCAUAAUCGACGGUUCAUCACACCAGUAUCCGUACACCGCAUUCCCUUCCCUUCCACCUAAUGUCCAAAAUGAGCUGGCUUAUCGAAACUACUACGUCAAAACCGAAGAAGGCGAGGAGCACAAAGUGCACCAUUUCAACUGGAUGGGGAAUCCGGUCUACCAGCACAGCUCAACACCUCCCACCGAAUCUCUCGCACUCAUUCUCUCCGAUCCCAAGGUCCCACAACAAAGCGAUGAGCACCGCAUACAAGCCAUACUUGGCUGUGCAUUUGCCUUCCUCGAUCCUGUAGUGGUCAACCUCUACGACGAAUACGAAGAUUCUCUUCUCCAAAUGCGCGGCUCGAAGCUUGUCCGAGCUGCCAAGGGCCGAGUUUUCAAGUACUAUACUCCCCAUGGCCAAUGGACCGGAGACGGCCGCGACCAAGCCGGCGAGACUGCGCUUGACGACGCAAACCCGAGCACAUACUACUGCAACCCGGACGUGGCUAUUGGGAAUGGACUCGUCGAGACCAGUGUGCUUCCAUCUCGGAUGCAAUACCGGGAGCGCCAGGAGGAACUGGCUGUGCGACACUACCCAAACAGAAAGCACAAUGGGUGGCAGCCUGCCCCGUCUCGGCUCCGAGAAUCCAGGACUAUAGAGCAGGAAGCGGUCUCCCCUUCUCCCAUCACCAUUGAAACUCCCACUACUAUCUGCGAGCUCGUGACUGCCCAGAAGCCCGCACCGAGCCUGAAGACUCUCGACCCUUCCAGAGACCCCAAUGUUUACUACUCUUUCCCUGACCCUGGCUUCGAAAAGCCUAGGCGGGGGUUUCUACUGCGCCUGCGCGCAAAGAAGAUCUCGGUGCGGAAGGUGUUCACACGGGCACUGACCGCACUGGGAUCUGUGUGGCAGGACCAGUCGCUGGUCCUGUGGUGA